GAAAGGCCAGAGGGAAUGCCAGCCAUACAAUCCCUCGAAGUGAUGUGCGGAAAGGAUCAUAUGGACGUGCAUCUUUCGUUCUCUCAACCCUUUGAAGGCAUCGUAUCGUCCAAGGGCCAGCACGCCGAUCCGCGAUGCGUCUACGUUCCACCUUCCACCGGGCAAACUUUCUUCUCCUUUCGGAUAGCCUACGCGAGAUGCGGCACCAAGCCAGACAUGCACGGACAGUUCUACGAGAAUACCGUUGUCGUUCAGUACGACAAAGAUCUGCUCGAGGUCUGGGACGAGGCCAAACGAUUGCGAUGUGAAUGGUUCAACGAUUACGAAAAGACCGCCUCGAAACCACCGAUGGUCAUCGCGGAUCUCGACGUGAUACAAUUGGAUUUCAGAGGCGACAACGUAGAUUGUUGGAUGGAAAUUCAACACGGCAAGGGACCAUGGGCGCCACCGGUCUCCGGAAUAGUGCCGCUCGGCUCCACCCUCACUCUAGUCGUCGCUAUAAACGAUUACCGAGGGGAAUUCGACAUGCGGGUCAAGUCGUGCGUGGCCUCCGACGGCGGUGGACACACGAUACAGCUUAGCGACGAGUUCGGAUGCGUGCUCAGGCCGAAGAUGAUCAGCCGAUUCCUGAAGGCGCGGGGCUCCGACGAUCGAGCGACAGUCAUCACUUACGCCUUCUUCCACGCUUUCAAGUUCCCAGACGCGCUGAGCGUGCACAUCAAGUGCAAGGUCGAGAUCUGCCGUCACGGGUGUUUGGAUCACUGUCAACUGAGUGGGUCUGUUGGCCACUACAUUCAAGAGCGCAAGGAUCAGAUACGACCGCAGUACUCGCAGACCACAGCACCGCCCACCGUUCAUAAUGACGACAAUAACAGCGCUGACAAGGAUAACGAAAACGGAGGAGGAGGGGCCGAGCAACCAGACGGCUCCCUUUACGACGACAUCAUUCAAGAUGGUGACGAGAUGACCUCGAUAGGCGGUCACUUCUUGGGGGUCGAGAAGUCAGUUCCAAAGGCGCAGGCGCAGAUGAGCAACCGAUUACCGGCGCCGGUAGUCGAGACACCCGACGAAGAGAUCCAUCCAGACGACGGUGAUCUCUCGAGGCCAUUUUUGGAUCCAUCGAGAGUGACGCGAUACAAGAGCGACCAAGAUCAGUUCCCGCACGGGCCACGUAAUCUCGAGGGAGACAACACCGCGGCACCAGUGACACCUCUCUCGUCUCCGAACGGCAGACGAAAGAGGUCGGUCGUAGUGUCCGACAGGAAAAUCCGUAGCGCCGACGUUGGUGUGAGCGGUUUGUACGAAGUGAUUUCCGAGGCCGAUCUGGCCUUCAGCCCGGACACUCACGCGGAAGCGGUAACGGUCUUCCAAGGUAGAAUACGCGAGGAGGUGGUUUAUGGUAUCUGCCUGCCUAUGCCCGGUUUCAGCGCGUUGUUCAUCGUCGUGGCACUGUCCGCGGUCAUUUCUGCGCUGGUUGCCGGGGCGAUGCUGCACCGGCUGCAAGCGCAACGCGAGGCGGUCGACAGCAGAAAGAACAACAGAGCUGUGCACACGACCAACGGCUGGUUGCCGUACGGGUUGCUGCGCGUGCGUUGCACGAUGAGACCAACUCAUCCCGAGCAAAUCCAACAAAAACAAACGAGUCCAGUCGCCGCGAGUCCCUCGGUGGAGAGAGGUUGA